UUUAGUGGGUUGUCUCUCUCAGCUCAGGACAUUUUCACUUUUGCUUUCUAAGGGGCAGGGCUGUGAAUUCGGAACUAUUCAUAUUUAUGUGACUAUACAUAUGCUUUUCCUUGCAGUUGAACAACUCAUAAGCUGGUCUGCUCUUGUCUCAUCUGUUUCAACAUUACCACUUCAGGUUUUUAGGGAUCACCAUGGAAAAUCCACUGGAUCAUGAAUCAACUGAUGAGAUUAAGAAAGCUCUGGAAAACAAUGAUCAAGCCUUAGCUGUUUCUAAGAUCAAGGAGUAUUUGGAAAAGAAGACAAACACUCCACUACAUAUUGGUGUCACAGGAGAGUCCGGCUCUGGUAAAUCCUCCUUUGUUAAUGCCUUCAGAGGCAUAGAUGACAGGGAUGAACUAGCUGCCCCUACUGGUUGUGUAGAAACCACCACAGUGGUCACACCAUACCCCCAUCCAAACUAUCCCAAUGUUACACUGUGGGACCUACCUGGUAUUGGUACCACCAAGUUUCCAGCUCAGAAGUACCUGCAACACAUUGGAUUUGAAAAGUUUGACUUCUUCAUCAUCAUCUCGGCCACUCGCUUUCGAGAAAAUGAUGUGAAGCUCGCUAAGGAGAUUCAGAAGAUGGGGAAAAAGUUCUACUUUGUUCGCUCAAAGAUCGACAACGAUUUACAAGCUGCGCAAAGAAGUCAGAGGCAGUUUGAUGCAGAAAAGACUCUUACGCUAAUCAGGGACAACUGCAUUCAAGGUCUUGAACAAGAAGGUGUGAUGCCCCCUCAAGUCUUCCUGGUGUCCAGGUUUGAUCUCCAACUGUAUGACUUUCGUCGCUUAUGUGAGACCUGGGAGAAAGCUCAGCACAAGAGGGAUGUUCUGCUGUUUGCCAUGCCCAACAUCAGCCUGGAGAUCAUCAGUAAAAAGAAAGAGGCUUUCCAGGACAAAAUACAAAAGUAUGCGUUUAUAUCAGCAGCUGGUGCAGCUGUCCCACUCCCUGGGCUUUCUGUUGCUCUUGAUCUAAGUGUGCUGGUUGGUGUUGUCACACAAUACAAAGUUGGCUUUGGUCUCGAUCGCACAUCACUGCAGAGGCUUGCUGAUACUUCAGGUGUGCCAUUGGAUGAUCUGACUGCCACCAUCACAUCACCUCUGGCUUUACAGAAGAUAACUCCUGAUCUUAUCUCAAAGCUGCUUCUUCAGUCUUCAGUCAUUGCUGCAUCAAUGGCAGCAGAGGAAGGCUUCAGAUUUAUUCCAAUAUUUGGAGCCAUAGUAGCAGCAACCCUCUCUUACAUGGUAACUGCAAAAGCUCUUGAAACUUUCCUCGACAUGCUUGCUGAGGAUGCCCAGAGGGUGUUUAGAAAGGCCCUGGGUCUGAACACCUCGGUGUGAUGGUGCAUAGUGAGCGCCAGUGGCAUUUGACGGCACAUUUAAAACUGCAGCACACAAAUAUAUCUUUGUAAUACUUAAAGGCAUAUAAUCUUAUACUUUCAGGUGAGACAGUUUAAAAGGAGUUUUUGAUAUUUUUUAAUGUGCACAAAACAUUGCUUUGUAAGAAUUUUAGUUUUGUAUUCCAGCUGUGCAUUUUAGCAAACAUGUAACAAACAUUUUACUCCUUGUAAUACAUAAAGGAAUAUCAUCUUAUUGUUUUGUAAAAUAGCUUGUAAUGAAAGGAGCUUUUGAAUUUUCCAAAAUAUAGCUUGGUAAUCAAACUGCAGUACUUUGUACAAAUCAGCUGUUGAUGGAUUCUAUAGAAAUAUUUCUGUAUUCUCUCUUCAUCUAUUUUAAAUAUAUUUACAUAAAUCAUAGUUUUUUAUUCCAUCCAGUGACCUCUGUGCAGGUUUUACUCAUUUAACUGCAUAUUUUAAGAAAAACAUUUUAUGGCUUAGAAGCACAUUUUAAUAUAGAAAGAAACAUUAUUUUAAUAUAAAACAGCUAAUACUUAUUUCAGUGAUAUUAAUGAUUUUAAAUGUUGCAUAUAAAACAUAGCUCGGUAAUCAAACUGCACAUUUCAGUACUCUGCAUAAAUCAGGAAGUAAGACUGAUAAGACUGUUGCUGUCUAACUAUUUUAGAAAUGCUGAACCUUUGAAUCUUCAAAUAAAAUUCUUUAUUAGAAUGAUCAGAAAUGUGCUGUGUAGUGCUGAUAUAAAACACAUGAUGUUUCAUGAUUCAUGUUGAUGUUGAAUGAAUUCAUAAACAGUAUGACCACUGGAGCCUGUGAUGUCUGUGUACACCAGUGGAGGACAGACUAUUAGAAACACCACUGUCUUCUUGACAGACCAUUGUGAUGGGGGUCUACUGCCCCCCAGAGGUGAGAGUGAGGAGCUACAGCACCACAUCAUUCACAGGAAAUCAUAAAGAUGUCAACUAAUGUUUAUGAUCAUUAUUCUAUUCACUGUUGUUAUUAAUAAACAUUUUGGCACUGAA